AGGAGUGUGUGAAGUAAAUUGUGGCAGUCGCCCAAAAAUUCAGUGAUGCAUUUGUUGAGUUUUCCAAGCUACCAUCAACCAUUUCUAAGAAGUUCCCAAAUUCUGAUAUAUUGAGGAAGAUAUAUUUGACAACUGCUGAUUACUUUAUUAAUCAAGCAAAUGGAGAUCAGAAAUGGCUCAGAUAGAAAGAUUAUCAGAGAAGUGUGUACUUGAAGAAGAUGAUGAUUUUUUAAUGAGCCCGGAGUUAUGGAAGCAUUUGAGAAACUGGAGAAAGCAGCAUUUCAGAAAUUUGCAAUGCCUUCAUUUGAUUUAGGCAUUGAGUUCAACAUGACUCAGGGUGCAACCACUUCAAAAGUGGACCAAAAUGCUAUGAUGACUGAAACUGCUGCUGAUGUGGAAGCUGUGAUGACUGAAAAUGGUUCUGAUGUAGAACAUGUGAUGACUGAAACUGCUCCUGAUGUAGAAGAUGUGGUAAUUGAAACUGCUGCUGAUCUAGUAAACCAAAGUGCUGCUACUGGAGAAGAGAAUGAAGAGGUUGGGGUAACUGGAGAGGGCAAAACUGCUACAGAUGGAGAAUUAAACAAAGAAGUUGAAAAUAAACAAGAGAAUGCUGAGCUAAAGCCACACACAAGAAAGAGGAAGCUUAGAAAGUUAGGUAAUGUAGGUGUGAAUUACAGAUCACCAUUUCUCAAGAACAACAGAAGGUUGUGCAAGGAAAUGAGAAGGGAUGAAAAGAUUGUUCUUGACUAUGGUAUGUCAAAAGAAGUUGAAAAUGACUGUGCCUAUCAAGAUGAGGGAGGUAUUUUUAUCACUCGUGAGGAGUUUCAGACCCUUCAAGAAGAAAAUAUAGACAACUCCAUCAUUGAUGCAUUUGUAAAGAUUUUGAAUGACAGAGAAAAAUCAAAUAAGACUACAAAGCGCACCUUCAUAGCGACAACCCAAGUAUAUGCAAUGUUCGAUUUUGCAUCUGGUGACCCAAACGAAAAUGUGAUUGACAGAUUGGAAAAAGAACUCAAUGAAGCAGGAGCAGACAAAUAUCACAACAUUUGAUAUGAUAAUGUUUCCAAUACACAAAUCUGGGCACUAUUAUAUCUACUGCUUUUACACAAAAAGCAACAUUGUUGAUGUGAUUGACAACCGCGUGCUUCCAGAAGGGGUGAUCUUUGAGGACAAAUAUGGCGAAACUUUU